GAUGGAGCCUUCAUUAACGUGAUUUACUGAGGCCCCUGUCAUUCCCGGCUCUUAGUAAGUAUUUUCCAGAUAGGACAGCUGUGAUGACUCAGGCAGAGAAAGGUUACAGAUCAGGUUACCAACCCCCUCCUACUGACUUCAGGUGGUUUGAUAGGGUGAGGGCAGAUUAUCCCAUGGAGCAUGCACCCAGGGAGGAGGGGCAGCGGGAAAGAGAACGAACAGAAGGGCAAGAGAAUUGGCAGGAUCCGUCUCCUACCUCUUCCUAGGCCCACAGCCAGUGCCUUUGGAGUACUGAGGCGCACAGAGUCUCUUAGCCCGGCGCAGGGCGCGCAGCCCAUGCUGAGAUCCGCCGCUUCUGUGGAAGUGAGCAUGGCUGGGCAGCGGGUGCUGCUUCUAGUGGCCUUCCUUCUUUCUGGGGUCCUGCUCUCAGAGGCUGCCAAAAUCCUGACAAUAUCUACACUGGGUGGAAGCCAUUACCUACUGUUGGACCGGGUGUCUCAGAUUCUUCAAGAGCAUGGUCAUAAUGUGACUAUGCUUCAUCAGAGUGGAAAGUUUUUAAUCCCAGAUAUUAAAGAGGAGGAAAAAUCAUACCAAGUUAUCAGGUGGUUUUCACCUGAAGAUUAUCAAAAAAGAAUUAAGAAGCAUUUUGAUAGCUACAUAGAAACAGCAUUGGAUGGCAGAAAAGAAUUUGAAGCCCUUGUAAAGCUAAUGGAAAUAUUUGGGACUCAAUGUAGUUAUUUGCUAAGCAGAAAGGAUAUAAUGGAUUCCUUAAAGAAUGAGAACUAUGAUCUGGUAUUUGUUGAAGCAUUUGAUUUCUGUUCUUUCCUGAUUGCUGAGAAGCUUGUGAAACCAUUUGUGGCCAUUCUUCCCACCACAUUCGGCUCUUUGGAUUUUGGGCUACCAAGCCCCUUGUCUUAUGUUCCAGUAUUCCAUUCCUUGCUGACUGAUCACAUGGACUUCUGGGGCCGAGUGAAGAAUUUUCUGAUGUUCUUUAGUUUCUCCAGGAUCCAAUGGGACAUGCAGUCUACAUUUGACAACACCAUCAAGGAGCAUUUCCCAGAAGGCUCUAGGCCGGUUUUGUCUCAUCUUCUACUGAAAGCAGAGUUGUGGUUUGUUAACUCUGAUUUUGCCUUUGAUUUUGCCCGGCCCCUGCUUCCCAACACUGUUUAUAUUGGAGGCUUGAUGGAAAAACCUAUUAAACCAGUACCACAAGACUUGGAGAACUUCAUUGCCAACUUUGGGGAUGCAGGGUUUGUCCUUGUGGCCUUUGGCUCCGUGUUGAACACCCAUCAGUCCCAGGAAGACCUCAAGAAGAUGCACAGUGCCUUUGCCCACCUCCCUCAAGGAGUGAUAUGGACAUGUCAGAGUUCUCAUUGGCCCAGAGAUGUUCAUUUGGCCACAAAUGUGAAAAUCGUGGACUGGCUUCCUCAGAGUGACCUCCUGGCUCACCCCAGCAUCCGUCUUUUUGUCACUCAUGGUGGGCAGAACAGCGUAAUGGAGGCCAUCCGUCAUGGUGUGCCCAUGGUGGGAUUACCAGUCAAUGGAGACCAGCAUGGAAACAUGGUCCGAGUAGUAGCCAAAAAUUAUGGUGUCUCUAUCCAGUUGAAUCAGGUCACAGCCGACACACUGACACUUACAAUGAAACAAGUCAUAGAAGACAAGAGGUACAAGUCGGCAGUGGUGGCAGCCAGUGUCAUCCUGCACUCUCAGCCCCUGAGCCCCGCACAGCGGCUGGUGGGCUGGAUCAACCACAUCCUCCAGACUGGGGGGGCAGCGCACCUCAAGCCCUAUGCCUUCCAGCAGCCUUGGCAUGAGCAGUACCUCAUUGACAUCUUUGUGUUUCUGCUGGGGCUCACUCUGGGCACUAUGUGGCUUUGUGGGAAGCUGCUGGGUGUGGUGGCCAGGUGGCUGCGUGGCGCCAGGAAAGUGAAGAAGACGUGAGGCUAGGUGUAGCAUUGGGUGAGGGGAGGGCAUCCCUGGUCCUUUGAAGGUUCUCUCCACCCCAGCACAGGCCACCCCUCUGUUCUCUCUUCAGCUCCACCUGCCACUGAUCCUGCAACUUGCUUCUUUCUAUUCUCUGCCUCUGUUUAGAAAUCUUCAUGCACCACUCAGGCUUCUUGACUUGCCCCUUGUGACUUGGAGCCCCAGAUCAGAUACAAACUUUCACCUGCCAGCCCUGCCUUCUCCUUUCUCCCUUUUCCUAGACACAGGACUCUGACAACUUCAUCCUCCUUGUUUAGAUGACUUCCCAGUCUCCAGUCCCCAUUUCUCCUUAUAUCACUUUUCAUAAAAAAACACAGGAAAUAUUUGACAUAUCUUCCAUUUCAAAUUCUUCUAUUUUAUGCAUAUAUCUUGCCCUUCCUAUAAGCUCUCUUCAAAGCUCAGGAAACCUGAUCUGCUCUCCUGCAUUUAGGAAAGGAGAACCCCUGCCAAGACCUUUGCUCCUUGCCUGAGACCCCUUCCUUAGGGAGCACCUCGUUUGCUGAUCAGACAUGGAGCCUGCAGUUGGUCACAGAUGAUACUGCUUUAUUUCAGUUUUUACAGUUUCCUUCUUAAGAUUCCUGUCUUAUAAAUGGAGUACAGGGAACCUCAAGUAGUGAAGUGGAAACCCAUGUGUAAGACUUUGUGGCUUCAGGUACCAGUGGCUAAGGUAGUUUUAAAGACUUUGUUGAUUUUAGAAGAAUUCCAUCUUCCAUCCCCUACAUGGCAGUUAAUACUCUUCUAUAUGGUAAAACCUUAGAGAUUACCUUAAUCUGCCAGGAACAGAAGCAAGAAAAACCAUGGCGUAAACACCCUCAGAGUUUUUGUUCAUUUGUUUCAUCUUUCUUGAUAAAGCCCUAAGAUAGCCCAUUCAGGGCUGUUGUGGUUGGUUGCUCCAUCAUGUCAUCAAUAGCCCAUAUCUUUUCUUUUUUAUCUUCCUUAGAGUAACACCAAACUACCUCUCUGAUAGCUGGUGUUCAUGAAAUAUUUUACCUUCAAAUGAUUGUACCUUUUUAUUUGCUUUAGAGUUCUGAAAUAAAAUGAAAUUCCACUGUAAUAAAACUGUCAAAUGCAUGGAGUCUGAUGAGUUAAAAACAUAGAGUAGAAAACAGGCAUAUGGAGUGGCCCUGGAUGAACCAUAGUUUUAGAUUGUUUAAUUCUAGAAUUGUGAAACAGAUCUUGAAACAAUUCAGAUCAAAAGAUGAAACUGUUACAAAUGCUCCUGCAGAAAUAGAGAAUGCCCCCCACCAAAAACUUUGCCAAUUCCUUGAAAGGAUUUGCUUGCGAGUCUGCAGAGCUGAGUGCUGGAUGUCUAUCUAUUUUGUGAGUUCUCAUGACACAAGAGCCAGAAGCAUGAAGCAUGCAGAAGUACAUUAGAGUGUGUGUAUCUGUGUGCGUAUAAUACAAGGUUUCAUUGCUGUAAUUCUUAUGAAACCACAUGAAUUGAUCGAUGGCCAUACUCCCAUGAAGGGCAGACAUGGAUCCUUCCCUGUGUUUUCUGUUGAAUCAACAGCCACGAUUUCAUUCCCCUCAUGAACAACACAAGGUCUUAGGGAUAAGCCUCCUGGCCAGCAACUCCCCUCCCACCCCAGCACAUAGCCUUUCUCUAACACUUGGUAAUUCAUUGAGGUCAACUUUAUGCCAGUUGUAUAAACUUGCAUCCCUAAAAUCUGAUCAUAAGCAGCCAAUGAGCCAGAAUGAUGCUUCUAAUCUUGCUCUGUCCAAGCACCCUCCACAGGGCUGCAAGCAUGGCUCCGACAACCUAGAAAUCUGGUGUUAUCCCUCUCUGUUUAAAAUCUUUGUUCCCAUUGUGUGGAAUAUAAGGGCUCUAUGAUUUGGUCCUGGCUACCAAUCUAGGCACACCUGGAGCAGUUCUCCUCCCACUCUUUUCCAAAUGUUCACUACACCCCCUCAGAACACAUUUUGCUGUUUUUAACCUCUGGGCUUUGUCUAUGCCCUUCCUUCUCUCAGAAAUAUCAUCCUAUUCUUGCUGGAAUGAGAAACUUCUGCUUAUCUGUCAGUAUCCAGUGUCAUUGUGUUCACAUUGGUAAGCCUGUGCCUGACCACUACACCUGAAAUGGAGCUCACUGCAUUCUCUUUUGAAGCAUUUUUCUUACUAUAUCGCAAUUAUUUAUUACAAUAUCUGUUUCCUAUUUAGAAACCAUAAGGUCAUAAAGACAGGGACUGGUUCCUAUUUAUCUUGUUGUUAUAGAACCUGGCAUAGUGCCUGGAAUGAAUACUGCUAGGACAACUGGAUAAUAUUGAGAAAAAAGGCAAUAUUUGAUCCAGACUUCACACUAUAUCAAAAACUGAAUUCCAAUACACCAGAUAUCUAGGUACAAAAAAUGAUACCAUGCUGAGUCUAAGAGAAAAAGUGAAUUUUUCGAUAGCCUGUGUAUAGGGAGAGACUUUCUAAAUAGGAAGAAAAAAUCCUGAUACAACAAGAGAAGUGUAAAUUAAUUUGACACAAAAGACUUUGGCAUGGCGAAAAUCAUGGUAAGAAGAUUAGCGAUCCAAAUUAAAAAGUCGGAGAAACAUAGCUGCAACAUAUAUCUCACACAUAGAACUAAUAUUUCUGAUAAACUGAGAACUCUUAAAAUUGAAGAAUCUAUGAUACAUAUACAUACUGAAAUAAUAUUCAGCUUUAAACUACAAUAAACAAAAGCAGAACAAGCUAACAUGGAGCAAAUUCCAAUAUAGCUAAGUAAAAAAGAGCAAAGAGUAAGAGUAACUAUAGGAUGUAUCCUUUUUUUUAUAAGCAAAAGGGAAGUAUGUGUAUGGGGGAUAAUGAAAAAAAUAUAUAUCUAUGUGCAUUGCCUUGCAAAAACAGUGCAGAGGGAAUAAACCAGAGUGUGAUAGAUUAUCUAUGAGGGUGGUGUUUGAAUAGGGUGGAAGGAUCCAUGGAUUUAUGUUUUUACAUAGUUUGGAUUUUGGAAAAGUUAAUAUUUUACAUACCAAGUAUAUGUUUAAAUAAACAAGGAGAGAAAAGGCAAGAACUGAAAUACGAAUGGAAACAAAUGAAAUCAAUUUUUUUCCAAAUGAAAAUGUAACUAUACUGUACUGAAAAAAAUUAGCAUCAUUACCUUUUAAACACAGUACUUUUACUAUAUACUGUAUAGAAUCAAUCAAAAGAAAAAAAAAGAACUCCAAACGAAUCUUGUAGUCUAUUGAGUAAUUGUGUUAUUCUCAGCUGGCAAAUUAGUGUAUCUAACCUAAUUUCUGUACGUACUAGGAUUGAGUAAAUGCAACAAUGACAGUGAGAUUCAGGUUUCUUAUUUUGGAAAAAGGAAUUAGAAAUGUGAGAAAGGGGAAGAUUAGAAUAACUCUGUAGUGUUGUAUUGGAAUUAGAGUUAUCAGUAUACAUUUGUAGUUUUUCAUAAUACAAAUAUAAAUAUAGGUAUAGGGAGAAAUAUAGGUAUGUAUUCUUUAUACCCACAUUUAUAUAUUUAUGUUUCUUAGCUCUGUCUAUGGAAGAGGAAUUACAAACAAUGGCACUUCAUUAGCAAUGAACACACCAGGGCAACAUACCCUGUUUCUGAAUAUCACUCCUCACUAAAAGGUUUCCUUAAGAAAUUGUAGGUUCUAAAAUUGGGACAGGGAAAGUGCAAGAUAAGCCUAGAGCAUCAUGUGCAAGAAAGAAAUAAAAAGCUCCAAAAUAAUGGAGCUUCCACAGGAGCAACACAAUGAACAAUGACAGUAAUAGGUUAUAUCUUACUGAAUAAAUAAGAAUUCAAGAAACAAUACUGAUAAUAAAUAAAUAGAUUAGAUAGAUAGGUAGGACUGAAGACAAAUGUUAAAACAAAAUGUGAUAUAAAACAUAGAAGGAAUGUUAGAGUCUAAAAAGCAUUAAUUUGCCACCGUCAUCUUGAUAAUUGAUUCAUACAAGAAUCCUAAAGGAUGAUAAAACGUGAGUGAAAGUUUGAUAAGGAAUAGGAUGCUUAUACAGUUUCAAAAUAGCACCACACAAAUUAAUUACUAAUUAUAGGUGGAAAAUAGUAACUUUACGGUUGAGAAUUUUGGUGGACGUGACCUUAGCCAAAUGAUCAAAUUCAGUAUCGCGAAUAAUGGGACCAUCUCAGGUCAUGUGCCUCCUACUGUGAUUCACUGAGAUAGAGAUGAUGUACCUUUGUAGUAUUUUCAGCAAAACUCCACAACACAAAGUAUAGUGAAAAAUCAUCAGACAAAUCCAAACAGAACCAUUCUACAAAAUAAAUGGCCUGUAUACUUCAAAAUGUCAGUGACAUGAAAGACAAAGAAAGGCUGAGAAAUCAGUCUUUACUGAAGGGAUGAAAUCUUCAGGAUAAUCAAAUGCCCUGAAUAAUCCUGGAUUAAAUUUUGCACCAGAAAAAUAAUAUUACCACAUACCACAUUGGAUGUUAUUGGGACAACUGGCUAAAUUUGAGUAAGGUCUAUAGAUAAGAUAAUGUUAUUAUAGCCAUGCUAAAUGGUACCUUCAUAAUGAAGAUUGUUUGACUGGGAGGCUACAAUAUCUGAAAUAUAAUAAUUGUCAACAUGUAUGCAUGUAAUGCCAUGGCGUCAAAGAGUACAGCACAAAAAUGCAGAGAACUAUGAGAAAAAAAUUGAAUAAUGUGAAGAGACUUUUAAAAGCUUUCCAGUGAAAAAUUUCUAACAUUUAUAAAUGCAGUACUUGGGCCGAGCACGGUGGCUCAUGCCUGUAAUCCCAGCACUUUGGGAGGCCGAGGUGGGCGGAUCACGAGGUCAGGAGAUCGAGACCAUCCUGGCUAACAUGGUGAAACCCUGUCUCUACUAAAAAAAAAAAAAAACACAAAAAAUUAGCCAGGCAUCGUGGCGGGCGCCUGUAGUCCCAGCUACUCAGGAGGCUGAGGCAGGAGAAUGGCGUGAACCCGGGAGGCGGAGGUUGCAGUGAGCCGAGACCGCACCACUGCACUCCAGCCUGGGUGACAGAGCAAUACUCCAUCUCAAAAAAAAAAAAAAAAAAAAAAAAAGCUGUGCUUGGUGUCUCCCAUCCAGCCUCAAUGAUUACCAACUCCUGGCUGAUACAGUUUGGCUCUGUGUCCCCACUCAAAUCUCAUGCUGCAUUGUAAUCCCCAGUUUUGGAGAAGGGACCUGGUGGGAGGUGAUUGAAUCAUGGGGGCUGAUUUCACCCUUGCUAUUCUCAUGACAGUGAAUGAGUUCUCACGAGAUCUGGUUGUUUGAAAGUGUGUAGCACUUCCCCCUUCACUCUUUCUCUCUCGAUGCUGUAGCCCUGUAAGACAUGCCUGCUUCCCCUUCACCUUCCACCAUGAUUGUAAGCUUCCUGAGCACCCCCAGCCAUGCUUCCUGUAAUAGCCUGUGGAACCGUGAGCCAAUUAAACCUCUUUUCUUUCUAAAUCACCCAGUCUCAGGUAGUUCUUUAUAGCAGUGUGAGAAUGGACUACUACGUUGGCCAACUUUCUUUAUACUUUCUGUGCCCCCACUCAUUUUCCAUUCCUUGUCACCCAAAGAAUUUUGAAGCAAAUUCCAGAUAUCAUAGCAUUUCAUCUGUAAAUAUUUUAGAAUGUAUCUCUGAGAGUCUCUCUUUUUCCAUACCACAGUAAUAUUAUAACACAUCCUCAAAUCAACAGUCACCUCUUAAUAUCAAAUACUAAUUGUUCAGAACUCUCUGACAGGGAUAUGAGAUUUUUAAGAGUUCAGUUGAAUCACCCUGAUACCCCACCCUUCAUGUGUCCUUCCAUGUUAUUUAUCACUAACACACCACAUAUUUGAUUUAUUUAUUUUGUUAUCAUUUGACUCCCCCACAAGGAUGUAAGUUCUGGGAGGCAGGUGUUUUGUCUUUGUUGUUCAAUGCACUCUGUGUAGCAACCAAACAGUGCCUCACAGAUGAUUACCUAUUAGUAUGCUUGUUGAGUUAAAGAAUAAGUUUGGGAUGACAAAACAAAUUAUCUGUUUGCUAAUGCAUUAUUGGAGGUCCAAAAAUAAUUAAUGGGCUGGAGCCUUUUGAUGCCUGGUAAAGACCUGCCUCUGCCCUCUGCACCAGCUCCUCAGUGACCAAUGGACAUGGCUGUGUUGCAGAAAUGUCUAAGGAUGCAAUACUUUAAAUUCAGAUUUUUUUUUAAAAAAAGGCUUAUAGACAGAAAACAUGUAAUAGUGCAAAGCAGAAUUCAAGGGCCCACUUUAUCAUGUAGGCAUUGAAGGACUUUCUCUGUCAUUUUGUUGUUUGUUUGUUUUUUAGAUACAAGAUCUCAAUAUGUUGCUUAGGCUGGCCUCAAACUCCUGGGCUCCAGCCAUCCUCGUGCUUCAGCUUCCUGAGUAGCUGGGAUGACAGGUGCCUGGCUCUGCCUGUUUGAGAAUUGCACUGAAAUCCUUUAUUAAAGGCAGCAUUAUAUUGAGGAUGGGGAAUGCAAAGAUGAUAUUUGGGAGUAGUGUGCCCACCCCUUGCCAGGGCUGACAUUUCAAGGGGGUAAAAU